UUUUUUUUUGGUGGGGGGUGUGCAGUUGGCGAGAAUGCUCAUCCCCGCCGCCAGCCUUCUCAUCGUUUUGCUCCUUUGCUCUGCUCGGGGAGCAGCAACAGCGGUGCAGCCAGAAGAGCCUGUGUCCUCUUGUAGGGUUGGAUUUUCAGAAGAUGCACACACUCUCUCCAUCUCCAGGAGUCUCUCCGCAGGCCAGGACUUGCUGAAAGUAAAAUUUAAUGACUGCGAUGGGAAUCGAGACAUACAGUAUGGAACCAAUGACCCCGACUUCAAGGUGGGAACAGACGGCACCUUAUACGCCACCCGAUCGAUGCAGAUCGCCUCAAAGCAAGUGAAGUUUACUGUGACAGCGCAAGAUGUUCAGGCCCAGAAGAAAUGGGAAGCAGUGGUCAAGCUCCUGGUAAAAGCGCAGGGAAAUGCAAGGCACAAUGUACAAAAGCAGAAUGGGCCACAGAGUGUCCCUCCAGAGCCUACCCAGCAGCUUGGCUAUACCCUCUUACUCUGGCGCCAACAGCAGAGUUCCAGCGGGCUGAAGCGACAAAAGAGAGACUGGGUUAUUCCUCCAAUCAACGUCCCGGAGAAUUCCAGAGGGCCUUUCCCCCUCCAGCUGGUUCGGAUUCGGUCAGAUAAGGACAAGGAGAUCCAGAUUCGAUACAGCGUUACUGGGCCAGGCGCUGAUCAGCCACCAAUGGAAAUCUUUAGCAUUGAUCAGGUUGCCGGCAGGAUGUAUGUGAGGCGACCCUUGGAUCGAGAAGAUAUUGCUUCGUUUCACCUCAGAGCGCAUGCAGUUGACAUGAAUGGCAACAAAGUGGAAAACCCAAUUGACCUUUACAUCAACGUUAUUGAUAUGAAUGAUAACAGGCCAGAAUUUAUGAACCACUUGUACAAUGGAAGUGUGGACGAAGGAUCCAAACCAGGUUCUUAUGUAAUGUCAGUAACUGCCAACGACGCUGAUGAUCCGACUACAGCCAAUGGUAUGGUGAGAUACCGGAUCCUGUCACAGACCCCAACAAGCCCAUCACCAAACAUGUUCACCAUCAACAGUGAGAGUGGGGAUAUUGUUACUGUAGCUGCUGGCCUUGACAGAGAGAAAGUCCCACGGUACACAAUUAUCAUUCAGGCCACAGAUAUGGAGGGAAACCUCAACUAUGGUCUCUCCAACACAGCAACUGCAGUCAUAACUGUGACAGACGUGAAUGACAACCCGCCAGAAUUUACUGCCGCCACAUUCUACGGGGAGGUUCAAGAAAACAAACUUGAUGUUAUAGUUGCUAACUUGACUGUAAUGGACCGAGAUCAACCGCACACUUCAAAUUGGAAUGCAGUGUACAGGAUUGUCAGUGGAGACCCUGCUGGGCAUUUCAUUGUUAAAACUGAUCCGGUCACUAAUGAUGGUAUGGUCACAGUGGUAAAGCCAGUUGAUUAUGAGAUAAACCGAGCCUUUGUUCUGACGGUAAUGGUAACCAAUCAAGCUCUGCUGGCCGCCGGAAUCCAGUCUUCACUCCAGUCAACGGCAACAGUUGCUAUCUCGGUCUCCGACAUGAACGAAGCUCCCUAUUUUAUUCCCAACCCCAAACUGAUCAGGCAGGAGGAAGGGAUGCCUGUUGGUACACUGUUGACGACAUUCACAGCCCAAGAUCCUGAUCGUUUCAUGCAGCAAAUAGUACGAUAUUCCAAACUGUCAGAUCCUGCAAACUGGCUGAACAUUAAUGCCACAACUGGUCAAAUCACAACUACAGUAGUGCUGGACAGAGAGUCGGUCCAUGUUAAAAAUAAUAUGUAUGAAGCGACGUUCCUGGCAGCUGACAACGGUUUGCCCACAGCAAGUGGCACUGGCACCUUACAAAUUUACCUCAUAGACACUAACGACAAUGCACCAGAGCUGGUUCCUAAAGAGGCUCAAAUCUGCGAAAAGCCCAAUCAAAAUGCGAUAAAUAUCACAGCAGAAGAUAGUGACAGGGAUCCAAAUACCGGCCCCUUUGUGUUCGAGCUGCCAACAACGCCACCUGGUGUAAGAAGAAACUGGACAAUUGCUCGUUUAAAUGGAGAUUCUGCUCAGCUCAGGUUAAAAAUCGGUUUCCUGGUUGCUGGCGUGUAUGACGUUCCAAUCAUAAUCACGGAUUCUGGCAAUCCUCCAUUGUCUAACACCUCAGUUAUUAAAGUGAAAGUCUGCCCUUGCGAUGAGCAUGGAGAUUGUACAGCUGUUGGCGCGAUUGCAGCAGCUGGAUUGGGCACAGGAGCUAUUAUUGCUAUCCUCAUAUGUAUUAUCACCUUGUUAAUCCUAGUCUUGCUGUUUGUGGUGUGGAUGAAACGCAGAGAUAAAGAACGUCAGACAAAGCAGCUUCUGAUUGAUCCUGAGGACGACGUGCGCGACAAUAUAUUGAAGUACGACGAGGAGGGUGGCGGAGAAGAGGAUCAGGAUUAUGACUUGAGCCAACUACAACAGCCAGACUCACUGGACCCCGUGUUGUCAAAGACUCCCGGAAUCAGACGUGUGGAUGAGCGGCCUAUUGGCGCUGAGCCACAAUAUCCAAUACGUCCAACAAUUCCUCACCCUGGAGAUAUUGGAGACUUCAUCAAUGAGGGUCUGAGAGCAGCGGACAAUGACCCGACAGCUCCACCCUACGAUUCCCUGCUGGUGUUUGACUAUGAAGGCAGUGGCUCGACUGCAGGGUCAGUCAGUUCCCUGAACUCAUCCAGCACUGGCGACCAUGAUUACGAUUACCUUAAUGACUGGGGACCUCGAUUCAAGAAGCUAGCAGACAUGUACGGUGGAGGAGACGAAGACUAACAGUACCCUAGGAAUGAAGGAACUGUACAAAAAGAGGCAGCUUUUUCAUUAAUAUUCCUCGCUGACCAUAAUAUUUUUUAGUGGUGAGUUAGGUUUUUUUUAUUUUAGAACAUGAGCUGUUAGCAUGAAUGCUUGUUGUCUUUGCUGCAUAUUUUUGGGUCAGUCAGCAGGAAUAUCGCUCAACGUCUGCUUUACAACUAAGAGUGACAGGCGCUCUUUAUUAACUUGAAUUUCUUAGUACAGAAGCACUGUUUUUAAAGUGCCUUUUUGGUACGUUUUAUCGGAUUCCCUCAAUCUCAGGAGCGAUUAAAAUUCAACCAUCUAUUGAUCCCUGGUCCACGACUGGCUAAGAAGAGAAAAUAAACGAUCAGUAUAUUUCCACUCUGGCUAACGGACACGUUUCCUUUUUUGCCUUUUAAACUAUUGGUGUAAAAUACAUAAAAGACAAAAUGUACAGAGAUACACAUGUAUUAACAGCCAUGUUUCAAACUGAGCAGGUGGGUGGCUAAUCACACUGUAUAUGUUGUAUAGAGCUUAACUUUGAAAAUCUGAUUUGCCAAGCAGUGUACAAAUAAUGGCAAAGCAUUCUGAAGAGACUGGUAAGUCUUCAUUAGUAUUCAGAUAGUUUUUUUUUCCUUUUGAAGUCUGGAGUGAUAUUGACGUCAUAUUAAUGUAACUUAAUUUUUUUUAACAUCGGUAUCCACUUAAGUUCUCAAUGUAGUGUGUACAUAAUGUAGUCUUGCUUGAAGCAUACACCACCUAGAUAAUGUUAUGUGUAUAAUUGGAGCUUUUUUCUUUUCUGCAUGUGUUUUUUUUAUAUAUAUAUAUAUAUAUUGAAAGCCUAGCAGCCCCGCAUGACUGUGGUUGUUUUCGGAGAACGAUUCCUUCUGGUGUCACGUAAUUCAUGUUUCAACACAAUCAUUGCACAGUUAGACAAAACUUUUUUUGUAAUGGUCAACAGCACAAAUAUUUUGUAUCGUUGUUUGUACCAUUUUGUACCAAAAAAAAGGGAAGAUAGAGNAAAAAAAACGUUUUGAAUGCGUGUUUCUAGUGCCACUGCAGUCUUGGUUCAACUGAGUAACAGCUUUGCAGAUUUAUUGUGUACCAGAGCUGAACGGGUGCAUUCGCGCCUAGCCCCUCAGUGUUAUAAAUAAAACUCC